AUGGCCUUUGAGGCAGCGGCCAACGCAUUUUUUCUGCGAGAAAAACGAAAAUUAGCCAGACAUGUCGACAUUCCCAAUUGCAGAAAACCUUACGAUUUCGCCAUAAUUAUUUGUUGGUGGCUCAAGAUGGCAGCUUUCGGCUGGCGCUUCACAAAGUUGCGACGGGCGCACUGA